AUGCUUCUCAAGACGGUUUCUUCGUCUUCCGCUGCUCGUGAGUUUCCAUGGCGGAAUCAAGGACGUUUCUCCUCUGCUAUCCUCCGCGAACCAUACACCACCGGAGCUUCUUCCACUUCAGUCUCCGAUCAAUCACCCAGGUACAUGGCAUUUCAAUCAGAUGCUUCUGGAACAGAGUUGUAUGUGAACAUUGGGUACCGGAAACAUGGUCAUGCUUUUGAGUUGAGCCUUUGUUGCCUUCAAGAUCCCGAUUCUGUGUUGGGUUCACUCACACGUGAGAUCAAAGAAGUUGGGCCUGAUGGGCAGGAGGUGACUAAAGUUGUACCUGCUGUUACGGAAGAAGACCAAGGGAUUGAAAUUCUAACGGAAGCCAUAGCAGCUUGCACCGAGACAAUUGAUCAACACAAGGGCAAGCUCGUCGUUAAGGAGGCACCUAGGGCUGUGAAACACAUGGCUAAGCUAAGAAUGGACAAUGAAGAAAUCAGCGGCAAUGAAGAAGAAGAGGAGGACACAGGGAUGGGUGAAGUUGACAUUGAAGGUGCCGGAAUCGUUGAGUAG